CUGGAGAACACAAUCACAAUACGAAGAAGAAGAAAACAAGCAACUACAAAGAAGAUGAAGUACAUUUGCCUUGUAGGUUUUAUUUUGGUUGUAGCAGGUCUUGCUGGGAUAGAGAGAGCUGAUGGGGCUGGUGCAUGUGGAAAAGCUAACCCAGAUAUGGAGGCCUGGAAAUUAGCUCCUUGCGCUUCAGCAGCACAAAGCGAGGACGCGGACGUAUCUAGCAAUUGCUGUUCUGUGGUGAAAAAAAUGGGUCGAAACCCAAGCUGCCUCUGUGCUGUAAUGCUCUCUAAUACCGCCAAGACUGUAGGAGCCAAACCUGGUAUUGCUGUUACAAUCCCUAAACGUUGCGCUAUCGCUGAUCGUCCUAUAGGUUACAAGUGUGGAGAUUACACACUACCUUGAUCCAAGUUGAAGACAAGUAUUAGUGGGAAAAUGAUAGGUACAAAAUCUAAGGUUCUUCUCACUAUAUUAGUAGUUACUGAUGUUGCUUCAGGUUGGAUUGUGUGCGUGGCUUGUUUUAGAGGGUGUAUUUUAAUAAAGCCUGGCAGUGUCUUGUGGAAUUUGUAAAACUUAUGAUUUCUGAAUUUAUAUAUAGGUACCCUUUAUAUAUAUAUAUAUAUCAGUAUCUUAGCUCAUGUUUGAGGAA